UACACUGGCGGUUCAUUACUGUGUAUGUCCUCAAUCACCACCACUCACUUUGACUUUUAUCUUGGAUUUUAAGUUCGCCUUUCUAACCGGUCACUUGCUGGUGUGUCUGACCUACGUGGGUAUGGAGUACGAACACUAAGACGCGACGUGGGACAAAUCUGACGGCACAGAAGGAUUCUAAACAUCGCGAGAGUGGUCGAAACUAGGAUGAGACACAAUAAAAGUAAAGCGACGUUGUUGGUGAUUGUUAUGCUAGCAAUUAGCUCGUCAUGUGAUAGCUUGCCAUUGGAGAGGACAAUACGAGACUCCCUCAAAGGUAGUAAGCCAUAUUUCACGUCACCGCAAAAGAUGAGCCGACGGUUUAUCGCCGAGCCUGCUGGGAAAGGUGUGACGGCUCGUUUCCACUGUCAUGCAGACGGCAACCCAACGCCUCGUAUCAACUGGUUAAAAAACCACCAAGAAAUGGAUGCAAGUAACAUCCGAAUUGAUAAGGUUCGUAUUAAGAAAUGGAGUCUAAUCUUGGAAGACCUUCUGCCAUCGGACAGUGGGCUAUACACAUGCAUUGUGGGUAACCAGUACGGGUCAAUAAACGCUACGUAUGAACUAGAGGUCAUUGCACGAGUGAUAAAAAUACCACGACUGCAGUCAGGGCUACCAAAAAACCAGACGGCGUACAUUGGGGACAGCGUGACAUUCAGAUGUCAGGUACAGUCACGUGACUCCUUAGCGCCGCAUAUACAGUGGUUAAAGCACACAAGUACAUCGAACAAUGACGUCGGCGAUGCGUUUUCUCUCUUACAGCGUGAAUGGCCUAAACACCCCGAAUGGAACUGCGUUGCCAUGACGAGGAAUUUGUUUGAAAAGUCGCCGUUUAUUUGUAUUGCGCCGGAAACCGACAUAGGUCAGCCACCGAUCGAUCCAGAGAAGCUUCGUUUGACCAACGUUACUUUUGAGGACGCCGCUGAGUACACUUGUCUGGCUGGGAACGCAAUUGGAAUAGCUCGUCGCAGUGCAUGGCUUACCGUGAAAAGACCUCCAGGUAACAUACUGUUCACUCAUCCGAACUUUAUGAAGCUGUAG